UCAUGAGUCGUCCUUCAGCUUCAACUUCAAGUAGUAAUAGAAGUUCAAGAUCUAGAUAUGGAAAAGAAGUCAAAGAAUUACAAGAUGCCUUGAAUUAAAACAAAAUAGAGUCUAAAAGAGAUGCCAUCAGAAAAGUACUUUGAAUUAUAAUUCAUAGAUUAUUGAUGCUAUGACAAGAGGCAAAGAUGUUAGUAUGUUAUUUCCAGAUGUGGCAAAGAAUAUGGAAACAUCAAAUUUAGAAUUAAAAAAGUUAGUGUACUUGUACAUAAUCAAUUAUGCCAAAAUUAUGCCUGAUCUUGCUGUUAUGGCUGUCAAUAGUUUUCGUAAGGAUGCAAGAGAUAAGACAAAUCCAUUUCUUAGAGCUUUAGCUAUCAGAACAAUGGGAUGUAUCAGAGUAAAAUUGAUUACAGAAUAUUUAUUGGAUCCAUUAAAAGAAUCCAUCAAAGUAAUUUAUAUAUAUAUAUAUUAUAAGGAUGAAGAUUCCUAUGUAAGAAAGACAGCAGCUAUUUGCAUUUCUAAAUUAUAUGAUGUGUCACCUGAACUAAUUGAAGAAUAGGGUUUAUUAAAACUUCUUGAGAAUUUGUUGAAUGAUGGAAAUGCAAUGGUUGUUGCAAAUGCUGUUUGUGCAUUAUUGAUUGUAUAAGAAUCAAAAGGAACAACUAUGUUAUAAUUGAAUCCUUAUACAAUUUAAAAAAUAUUGACAGCUAUGAAUGAAUGCAAUGAAUGGGGUGUUAUAUAUUGUUUAGAUGCAUUGGCUAUGUAUAUUCCUGAAGAUGGAAAAGAAGCAGAAGCGUAAUUUAUAAUUUAUAUUUUAAGAAUAUUAGAAAGAGUUAGUCCUAGAUUAAAUCACAAUAAUCCUGGAGUAGUAUUAUCAGCAUGUAAAAUUAUGAUGAAAUUUUUGGAUUAUCUUUAAAAUCCAGAAACAAUAAGAUAAAAUGCUCUUAAAAUGACUGCACCAUUGAUUUCACUUUUAAGUUUAGGUAAAGAACCAGAAAUUUAAUAUGUUGCAUUAAAAAAUAUUAAUUUGAUUAUUCAAAAGAGACCAAUCAUCAUUGAAAAAGAUAUUAAAGUAUUCUUUUGUAAUUUUAAUGAUCCAAUAUAUAUCAAAUUAUAAAAAUUAGAAGUCUUAUCAAAAUUAGCUAAUAAUGAUAAUAUUCAAUAGAUUUUACAUGAAUUAAAAGAAUAUACUUAAGAAGUAGAUGUAGAAUUUGUAAGAAAAUCAGUUAGAACAAUUGGAAGAUGUGCUAUCAAAUUAGAAAAAGCAGCAGAAAAGUGUGUUACAGCUCUUUGGGAAUGUUUAAAAACUAAAGUUAAUUAUGUUGUUAUGGAAAGCAUAAUUGUUAUUAGAGAUAUAUUUAGAAAGUAUCCUAGAAAAUAUGAAAUGAUUCUUAAAGAUUUAUGUGAGAAUCUUAAGAGUCUUGAAGAUCCAGAAGCAAAAGCUUCUAUGAUUUGGAUUAUUGGAGAAUAUGUUGAUACUAUUGAAAAUGCUGAUUCUCUUUUAGCCAAUUUUAGUGAAAAGUAUUUCUGUUAUUUAUUAUAAGUUUUAAAGAUGAACCUGCAAAUGUAUAACAUUAAAUUUUAGUUGCUGUUAUGAAAUUAUUUUUAUAAAGACCUAAUGAUGGAAAAGAAUUAAUUCAUAAUCUAUUAAAAACAGCUACUAUUGAAUGUGAAAAUCCAGAUCUUAGAGAUAGAGCAUAUAUAUAUUGGAGAAUGUUAUCUACUGAUCCAGAAUUAGCUAAAAAAAUAGUUUUUACAGAAAGACCAACUAUUUCUGAUUCCAGUUAUACAAUUGAAAAUGAACUAUUAGAUAAAUUAAUAGAAAAUAUUGGAAAUUUAAGUUCUGUUUAUACUAAAAAACCUGAAAGUUUUGUUAAAAAAUUAAGAGAUGUAUUAAAUUCUAAAAUUGCUGAUAAAAUUGAUGAUGUUUAUGAUUAAGAUUAAUUAAUGGAAGGAAGACCUGAAGAUUAUAGUGAUUAAUAGGGAGGAUAAUCAACUGUUUAUGAAAAUAAUUAUGAUACAUCAUCAUAGAUUUAAUCUUAAAUUUAAUAAUCAUAAAUAUAAUAAGUUUCUUAAAAAAUUGAUUUAUUAGAAUUAGAUGAUAAUUAACCAUAAUAAUAAUAAUAAUAAUAAUAAUAAUAAUAAUAAUAAUAAUAACCAUAAAUAUAAACAUAAAUACCUACUUAAUCUAUUUAAAAUAUUAGAAUACCAUUUGCUGAAGUAUUAACUGCUAUUACUCCAGGUUCAUAAACAUAAAUUUAAGGAUUAUCAAUUGAAGCUGCAUUCCAAAAAAAUGGUGAUAAAAUUGUACUUGAUCUUAAAUUUACAAAUAAAACAUAAGAUAAAACAUUCUCAGAAUUUGGAAUCAAAUUUAAUAAAAAUCCAUUUAAAUUAUAACCUGAUACUAUUGAAAUAUCUUGUCAACCAGUAUUUCCAGGUUAAACAUAAAUUGCUUAAUUAUCCAUAAAUACAAAUGGUCCUGCCUUAGAAGAACCUCCAUAAAUGCCAUAUAAAAUUUAAGUUGCUUUAAAGACUAAUUUAGAUGUAUUCUAUUUCUUUAUUCCAAUGUCUUUAAGUGUUUUAUUUGUAAUAUAAUUACUUAUAAUUUUAGAGUAGCACUGCAAGUAUUACUUAAUAAAAAUUCAUUGAAUUGAGUCAAGCAUAAAAUCUAGCAAGAAAACAAGAAGUUCUUUAGAUUACAAUUGAUCCAUAGAGAGUACUAUAUUCAAAUUAUAAUGUUAGAUGAAAGAAAAAUUUGAACGCAAUUACUUUUUCUUAAUUGGAGCUAGAAAGGAUGAAAGAGGUGUUGAAUUACUAUCCUAUGCAGCUACAUUAGUUAAUGGAAUGCCAUUAUUAGUGAAUGUAAUCCAUACAUAAACUGCAAUCAAUUUACAACUAUAGGUUCCUCAUCCAACAUUAAUGCCAUUAUUAUAUUAAGCAAUAGGAUUUAUUUUAACAUUAAAUUGAU